UCUCAAAACGCCACGCACUCGUGAGAGAAAAAAAAAACGGAGAGGCAUUUUUUUUAUCUCGUCGGUUACUCUUGUUUUCACUACCUUACACGACCAUUUUGCCCCGCUCGUAGACCAGUUCUAGAGUGACAGUCGAACGUGUCACGUCUUCUGCUCAUCUUCACUCAAAAUUUUCGCCUUCAAACUAGAGUUGUUCUUGAGAAACAUCACUCCAGUAUCAGUUGUGAUUGUGAUUUGAUUUUUGUUUUUUUUUUAAAUUCAUUUUGUGGAAUAAUUAAUACCCUGAAGUAUGAUUGACGACACAGCAAUGUUUGAUGAAAUGACUGACGAAAUAUUGUUCUCAGUCCUCGGUUUCAACACAGACGUCACAGAUAUGUCAUCAUCAUCAUACAAUCCUACAUCACUACCCUGUGACUACGAGCCAGCAUGCGGAACCCCUAGCAGUGAAAACUCGGAGAUUGAAAAUCAAUCGUCAUCAACGGUCGAUUCAAUCGAAUGCUACACGGAUCUGACGUACUCCCCCGAGGUGCCCUGGAGUGACUGGACAUCGUCAAACACGUCUGCGUCCGAUUGUCUCGGUGAGCUGGGUGAUCUCAACACCGAGAUCGAUUGGUGUUUAGAUAAGGUAUGGGGAUCGGGCCUGCCAGAGAGAACGCCAAUGUGCACACCAGGCUGUGAGAGAUUUCUGCAUUUGCCAUUGGUACAGCCCCAACAAUCGUCCCAGUGUUCUCAGCCUGAUGAGCCACUUUUAGUGCUUGGAAUUGAUCUCAGAUCUUUGGAGAAUAAUCUCAGUAUGGAUUUUAAUAAUAACCGAAUUGGGGAGGAUUUGUUGUUGGUGAAAGGUGCUGAUGCUGCUCUUGCCACACAUGAUUACACUAAUCGAAGUGUGGAGACUGCUGCUAAUGAGGAUCGAUGCUUUCCAUGCACUUAUCAGGGCUGUGUCAAGGUAUAUGCCAAAGCCUCACACUUGAAAGCCCACCUUCGUCGUCACACAGGGGAAAAGCCAUUCGCCUGUACCUGGACAGGCUGUGGCUGGCGUUUCAGCAGAUCGGAUGAACUCGCUCGACACAGAAGAUCGCAUUCGGGGGUCAAACCCUAUCCCUGCGAGCUGUGCAGCAAGAGGUUUGCCAGGAGCGAUCACCUCGCUAAGCACCGCAAAGUGCAUCGAAAAAACGCCUACUCCAUGUUUCAAGAGAAUCGCGGGGGUUUCAGAGGAAAACCGAACAUUGUCACCGAUUUCUAGUACUGAUCAUCAGUGGAAGCUACUGAUCAAUCGCCAAAGAAUAUUCCAAAGAUCUUGGGGACUAGUGAAUAACCCAAACAGUAUCAGAAGAGUUUUCAAAAGAAGUGAGGGAGAACAUUGAUUUUUCAAAGGCGUAGCUCAAUUUUCUUAUACUUGAAUCAUUCAGGAUCAUUUAGAUUGACAUUCUCCUGAUAAUGUCGAGAUGACGAAAGACAGCUUCAUUAAUUUUUAGAUGUAAUUAGUUAUAAACAGCAUCUAAGAAUAUCCAAAAUUCCCAUGUUUCCUUCUAUUUUCCAUUAAAAAAGGGAGCAAAUGAAUUCAUUCAUCCAAUGAACAUCAGCUCUUGCUCGAUGAAAUAUCAAAAACCCAAACAUGAUAAUUCUUUGGAUAUUCUCACGAAAUCUCUUCACGAGGCAGUUAGAUAUAAUCAAAAUCACCAACGCAAUCCAACGUCGAAUAAUAAAAUUCAUGCAAAA